GCGGCCAGCAUUUCUAAAGUGAAAGAAGGUGCCCUUAAAAUGGCUGAUUUCGGGGAGAUUCUGCGGAGUAUCGGGGAGUUUGGGUUAUUUCAGAAGAUCACCCUUUUUGCUCUCAGCUUCCCUAAUAUUAUUCUGCCUUUCCACUUUGCCAGUGUACUUUUUAUCCAGCCAGAUCCAGACAGACGCUGCAACACAGACUGGAUACUCAAUGCUGCUCCUAACCUGACCAUAGAGGAGCAGCUCAACCUGACCGUGCCUCGGGAAGACGAUGGGACCUUCAGCAGAUGUCGGAUGUUCGUCCCAGUGGACUGGGACAUCGGUGCCAUCAGGGAGUACGGGCUCAAUGAGACUACAAGGUGCCAGAGUGGAUGGGUGUAUGGGAACAUGCUGUAUGAAGCCACCAUAGUCACUGAUUUUGAUCUAGUCUGUGACCGGGCUAGUUUGUUGGAGACAGCACAAACUGCCCUAAUGGCCGGUAUCCUUGUUGGCUGUCUCUUAUUUGGACCUUUUGCAGAAUCGUUUGGUCGAAAAAGAGCGUCUCAAAUCCCAGCUGUUGUAAUGGUGAUAUUUACUGUCACAACUGGAUUAUCUCCUAACUUCUACUUUUAUCUGGCAUCCCAGUUCGUGGCGGGGAUUUGCUAUGGGGGAUAUCGACUUAAUGGUGUUAUCCUGGCCACUGAAUGGAUCGGGGUGUCCAAUCGAUCAUGGGGGGCAUGUGUGACUCAGCUAUGUGGUGCAGUUGGACAGUGCAUACUCGCUGGAAUGAUCUACUUUGUACGAAACUGGAGACUGGCUCAGCUGAUCAUGGCAGCUCCACUUGCAUUGGUUGCUAUUUACAUAUGGUUUAUCCCGGAGUCAGCCAGGUGGUUGCUGGGCACUGGAAGAACAACGGAGGCUAAACAGCUAAUGAAAAAAGCUGCAGCCAUCAACAAGCGCAUGGUUCCAAACUAUCUGCUGGACCAGAUUAUUGUGAAAGACCCUGAGAAAAAGGGAGGCAUAAUAACUCUUAUCCAAUCAGCUGUGCUUAGGAAAUAUUUCUUUACCAUAAUAUUGGCAUGGUUCUCACUGAAUGUUGCCUACUUCUGCCUUUCAUUCAGUGUGGGAAAACUUGGCUUGAACAUUUUCGUGACGCAGGCAAUAUUUGGCCUGUCUGAAAUACCAGCUCAUAUUCUGAGCAUCUGGCUGCUGGAAGCAGUGGGAAGAAAACCAUCUCUCAUGGCAACACUUCUAAUUGGAGGAUUGUUGUGUCUCUUAAUGCUAGCGGUUCCUCAAGGUAAUGCUGUUGCUGUUACUGCGUUAGCAACCUGUGGACGUUUUCUCACUAACUGGGCAGGCUCCGUAUGCAAUGUGUAUGUUCAGGAGCUGUUUCCAACAUCUUUUCGACAAACAGCUUCUGGUUUGGGUUCCAUUGUGAGCCGAGCUGGUGGUCUGAUGUCUCCACCAGUCAACAUGUUGGCCGUCUACCACUGGUCCAUACCAAUCAUAGUCUACAGCAGCCUUACACUAAUCAGUGGAGCUCUUGCCUUCUUGCUUCCUGAGACCAGAAGAAAAGAGCUUCCCGAUUCAACCGAUGAAGCUGAAGCCAAUGGGAAGAAGACUAUGGAGAGGAGCCAAAGUGGAUCAAACUUACCUCCACAAAGCAAAUCAACUAAGCUGUAAUCUGAAUAUUUCAGUUGCUUCCUGUUUUGUUGCAGCAUACAACAAACACAAGCUGGCAAACACUUGAUUGAAAACUUGAUUUUAAGAGGGUAAAGUUUUAGUCUCUCUUGAUAGUGUUACGGUUUUUCUCAUAUACCUUAGCAGCAAUAACUUGAAGUAAUCAUUUUCUGUAUGGCUUUAUUAUGUUUGCCCACUCUUCUUAACAUCAUUGCUUCAUAGGCCAGAGCAGCAUUUCUGUCAAGUUCAAGUCUAAACUUUGACUUGACUGUGAGACGCAACUUUAGACAAUGUUUUGCUGCAGACAGAUGGCCUCACAUUUGACUCUAGAAUAUUUUGGUAUAGAGAAGACUCAAGGCUUGCAAGGUGCCUGCAAGUUCCUACAAAUCUGCAGAUCAAGCCCAAAUCAUCACCCCUCCACCAACGUGGCUGAAAAUUGUGCUGAUAUGCUUUUUUUGGUUUUCACAAAACAUGGUGCUGAGCAUUACGGUCAAACAUCUCCACUUUGGUCUCACCUGUCCAAAGGAGAUUGUUUUAGAAGUUUUGUGGUUUGUUCAGAUGUCUUUUGUUUUUACUUAAUUAUUAAUUGAAUAAGCAAUUAAGCAAUGACUUUAUAUCUUCUACUUUAGACUGAAUUCUUUAUUUCAUUCUCAAAUCCUUUUAUGUUGAACAGUAACAACUUGAUUAAAUAAAGAGACAAACAGAUAU